AACUGCAUUUUCUUUCAUAUGAUGACGAGUAAUGGCAAAGAGUACUCAAGGGUUUAUGGAUUAGAAGAUCCAAGUCGAUAUUCCAAGGAAACUGACAGAAAGACUCGCAAACUAGUAGCUCUUCAUUUGAUAGGCACAGAAAACAAUACACUACUGGAAGACAACGACAUAGUGGUGUUUCUUGAUGGUAGAGACGCUUUCUAUAUGAGAGAAACGAGUGGGCUUAGAAAAGACUUUGCCAAUACGGACAAGGACUUGUUUUUAGGAGCCGAAAAAAAUUGCUGGCCUUUUUCUUAUAACCCUUUCUCUAAUAUUUCAUUAAAUUUAUAUGAUCCGAAGACUCAAGAGAGGCCGUGGGUGUGGAGCUUUAAGGCCGAGAAACUCUGCGAUACUCUGAAACUCGAGUCUUUCAAACGAUCUGGAGAAGGGCCAUAUGCGUUUCCUAAUGGUGGUGGCUUCAUUGGGAGGUGGAAAAAAGUGAAGGAAUUUGUUGAUUUAAAUUGGGAAGUGUUCUACAAAGUUUUAAAACCUGAACAACGAGACGACCAAGCGUCGACAUCAAUUGCCUUUUUACUAUCCAUCGACAAAUCUAUUGUUUUAGACAACAAAGCCCAUUUUAUACAGUGCACGGAUCGUCUCGAAGGAGUCUUUGACAAUUAUUGUUUGUCGAACUCAACAUAUAUUAAUAGAGAUACCAAGACCUUUCCGUACUUUCAUCAUCAUAAUGGAGGUGGCAAGGUCUACCUUGAAACCUGUAUGCAGUUUAUAGAAAACUUAGGGCGUCGGAGUGCGUCGGAUUGUUUUUGGAUAAGUGGCGAUACUGGAAAAAAGAUUUUUUUGAAAGAUGUUUGUAGAGAACAGCGAAAAUGUUGUAGAUUUCUUGAUUCCAAUUAAAGUUUCUUACAUUUUUGUUGCUACCAUUGUUUAAAUGAAAAUUUCUCUGGUCUUUAUGUGUUAAAGGAAGAGAAGAGGUUCAUUAGUUUUGUGCGAUGUCAAGUCAAAUUUUGUCACUGCAUUAAAGUUAUGCUUCUUUAA